AUGCCGCCUAAGAAGGCGGACGACUCGUUCAUCAAGCAGAUCGGCUCGUCGGUCGAAUGGCAGAACUCCGUCGUCAAGAACAGCGGCCAACUGGUCGUUGUCGACGUCUACUCAUCCAACUGGGGCCCGUGCGACAUGCUCGUUGGCCACUUCUCCAAUCUCUACUUUGAGCUAAGCGAGAAGCUAUCGUUUGGAUUCGCGCGGGCGGCGGCGGACACGGUGCCCGUCCUCAAGGACCUGGCCGGCGCUGCUGCUCCGACCUUCCUCUUCUUCUUGGACGGCAAGGAGGUGGCUAGGAUCGUCGGGCCACGAAUGACUGAGAUCAAAGCAAAGAUCAACGAGCUCUCGCCCAAGCUCUGA